AUGGCUGUUGAUGAGACCAGUGAUGGUGACGACGAAGCAAGUGGUCAUGUCCAGAAUUCACCCCCGCGAACGGGCCUCAGCUUUCUACGAACCCCCGCCUUGAAGCUUCCCGUUCCGCAGCCUGUAGUUGAUUCUACCGAGAAUGAAACCCGUGUGGAUGAAUCGGGCCGUGACCUGCGCUCACCUGAACUUUGCACUACAACGACCGAACCUACUCUUCCAGAGGCGACGGCUCCUGUAACGGAGAUCGACGCUGCGGUUGACGACUCCGCGACCAAGAAGCGCAAGGAUUCAAGCGGUGGCAGUGCUAAGCAGUGGUGGCGACAACCGAACCUCUUUUCGAAGCGAGCCGCACGUCCAACCAUACGAGUGGAGGACCGGGGGAGUGAUGACGAGGAGGAAGAGGACGACCUGCCGACUGUAGAAGAGAUGGCCCGUUACCCCGAAGUAGCUUUCGCUAUGGCGCACAAGCGAUUUAAAACGUCAUGGGAAUCCUCGUUUCCGUGGCUUAUUCUAACUCGUGACGACGUUGGCUUCCCUAUUUUGAGAUGCAGCACGUGCUUGGAGCAUGGAGCGGAAGGCGCGAAAACGGCAUACGGCAAGGGAGGCAGUGGAGGGCGUGACAUGCAAAAGGCCAGCAUCCGGACGCACCAGCGCUCCACCGCACACCAGGACGCUCACGCCGAGAUGAAGGCGAAGGAGAGCCGGAAGCUUCGACAGGCGUUGCUGAGCGAGUUCGAGGGAUUGGAUAGGAGCACGCUUCACAUCAUCACCGCGCUCAAGACCACCGUGUACAUCUGCAAGUCGGAGGCGCCAAUCACCUCCUACGUGGGCACUAUCAAGUUCAUGGCCGACCUCGGAGUAGACAUCACGGUGGUCGCAGGGGAGGUGUCGCUCGCUUGCAGGACGAUCGAAGUACGUUACGUGGACUGCGAGGAUCGAUUCGGCAACGAGCAAUCGCCCUUGCUCUGCGCGUUCUUGAAGAAGCAUGGCAACCCCGACCACCGCGAGGUCACCGUCAAAGGCGUGGACCAGAAUGGCGAUGCUGCUGAGCACAAGUUCGUGCUUCAUGAGCGCAAGAUCCCUGGGCAUACGACUGGCGGUGACUACUACUCCUGCAAGGCGGUGUGCCAGGAGUUUGCAAAGGCCUGCGUUGAGCGACUCGAGUUCCGCCUUGAAGACCUGAACGACCUGGCCGGGUCCAAGCUUUUCCGGCCUUCGUGCUAUCCCGACGACAACGCGCAGCGGAUGAAGAAGUGCCGCGAGUGGUUGGGCAUGUUGGACCACAUGUUUCACCGCCGCCUCCCUGAGGCCUGCCCCUCGCCCUCGCUUUCCUUUCCCACGCUUCCGCUCUCUUUUGCCCGCGUCGUCGCCAUCGCUUCCGCAGCUCGUCGCGUGCCCGUCACCUUCGCUUCGCCCGUCGCCUUCACUUCUCCCCCGUCGCCUUCACUCCCCCCCCUCUUCCGUUGCCUUCAUUUCCUCCUCCCGUCGCCUUCACUUCCCCCUCCCGUCGCCUUCACUUCCCCCUCCCGUCGCCUUCACUUCCCCCUCUCGUCGCCUUCAAUUCCCCCUCCCGUCGCCUUCAUUUCCCCCUCCCGUCGCCUUCACUUCCCCCUCCCGUUGCCUUCUUUUCCCCCUCCCGUCGCCUUCACUUCCCCCUCCCGUCGCCUUCACUUCCCCCUCCCGUCGCCUUCACUUCCCCCUCCCGUCACACUCGCUUCCCCACCCGUCACCUUCACUUCCCCUCCUAUUGCCUUUCACUCUCUCCUGCUCAAUCUCUUUCCCCUGCUCACUCUCUUCCCCCCUGCUCACUCUCCUUCCCCCUGCUCACUCUCUUCCCCCCUGCUCACUCUCUUCCCCCCUGCUCACUCGCUUCCCCCCUCUUCAAUCUCUUCCCCCCUGCUCACUCGCUUCCCCCCUCCUCAAUCUCUUCCCCCCUGCUCACUCUCUUCCCCCCUGCUCACUCUCUUCCCCCCUGCUCACUCUCUUCCCCCGUGCUCACUCGCUUCCCCCCUCCUCAAUCUCUUUCCCCCUGCUCACUCGCUUCACCCCUCCUCAUUCUCUUUCCCUCUACUCACUCCCCUUGUUCUAACCCCACUUUCCCCAUUUCUCACCCAUUUUCCCCCUUCACGCUCUCUUACCCCCUCUGCUCGCUCCUGUUUUCCCAAAUCAUGCCUAUACUCACUCUCUCCCCCCCUGCUCACUCUCUUCCCCCCCUGCUCACUCUCUUUCCUCUUGCUCACUCUCUUUCCCCCCUUCUCACUCUCUUUCCCCCUUCACGCUCUCUUUCCCUCCCUUCCGCCCGUUGCCCCCCUUCGUCUCGCGCUCGUCCCCUCGCAAUCCCCGUCUCUCUCUCCCCCCGUCGCCCUCGUUUUCCCUGUCGCCCUCCCUUCCACUCCUCGUUGCCCUCGCCAUCCCUCCCUUCUCCCUUCCCAUCUCGCACACUUGUCACGCCCCCUUUCCAACCCGCACAUACACCCUUCCCUUCAUCCCUGUUUCCUCGUAUCCCCUGCGCUGCUUCCCCCCAUCCUCCGACUUGCUCCCCCCAUCCCCUUCCCUUCUUCCCCCCAACCCCUUCCCUGCUCCCCCCCAUCCCCUUCCCUGCUUUCCCCCUUCCCCUUCCCUGCUUCCCCCCGUCCCCUUCCCUCCUUCCCCCGUCCCCCUCCCAGCAUCCCCCCAUCCGCUUCCCUGCUCACCCCCAUCCCCUUCCCUGCUCCCCCCCAUCCCCUUCCCUGCUUCCCCCUAUCUCCUUCCCUGCUUCCCCCUAUCGCCUUCCCUGCUCACCCCUGCUCCCUCUGUUUCACCCUUGCUCCCUCCCCUUCUUCUCUGCUCAGUCUCUUCCCCCUUGCUCACUCUCUUUACUUCUGCUCACUCUGUUCCCCCCUGCUUCCUCUCUUCCCCUCUGUUCAAUCUGUCCCCCGCUGCUUCUUCUCUUCCCCUCUGCUCAUUCCGUUUACUGUCUUUCCCCCUUCACUCACCCCCAUACCCCCCAAUGCAGUUACAGAAAGGGGUGGGGCGGAAUGGAGUGGGGCAGAAAGGGGUGGGGCGGAAUGGGGUGGGGCGGGGCGGAAUGGGGUGAGGCGGAUUGGGGAGAUGAGGGAUGGGGAGAUGAGGGAUGAGGAGAUGAGGGAUGGGGAGGUGUGGGAUGGGGAGGAGAGGGCUGGGGAGGAGAGGGAUGGGGAGGUGAGGGAUGAGGAGGUGAGGGAUGGGGAGAUGAGGGAAGGGGAGAUGAGGAAUGGGGAGAUGAGGAAUGGGGAGAUAAGGAAAGGGGUAAUGAAUGAACGUGCAUGCGACGGAAGGGUGCUGCUGACCACGCACCCUCCCACACCCCACGCGAUGGGAAGGGAUGAGAGGGUGGGCGGCAUGGGUAGAGAAGCGAUGGUGAAUAGGGGGAACGUGAUGGGCAGGGGAGUGAUGACGACGUGGAGAGAGGAGGAGAGAAGGGAGGUCGGCGGGAAGGCUAAGCGAGGACGAUGGGAGGGCAAGCGUGGGCGACAGUGGCGGUGGGCGACGGUGGCGGUGGGCGACGGUGGGGAGAAGCGUGGGCGACGGUGGGGGGAAGCGUGGGCGACGGUGGGGGGAAGCGUGGGUGACGGUGGGGGGAAGCGUGGGCGAUGGUGGGGGGAAGCGGGGGCGACGGUGGAGGGAAGCGUGGGCGAUGGUGGAGGGAAUCGUGGGCGACGGUGGGGGGAAGGGUGGGUGACGGUGGGGGGAAGCGUGGGCGACGGUGGGGGGAAGCAUGGGCGACGGUGGGGAAAGCGUGGGUGA